GGAAGGCGGAGCCCCGGAGGCCUUCGACUGCCCCGAGCGAGGACGUGCUUUUCUGUCGGGGUGCAGCCUCAGUUUCCCCAUCUCAUGCUGGCCUUCCUCGCGCGAGCGCCCCGUCCUCUCCUCUCCGGCUCAGCCGGCAGCCCAGGGAUCUCUAUGGCGGCAGCGCGUCAAGGUUUGGGCAGUAGCAGCAGCAGCAAGAAAGUGGUGGAGUGUUUCUACGACGUGCUGUCUCCGUAUUCCUGGCUGGGAUUCGAGGCUCUCUGCCGCUACCGUUCCAUCUGGAACAUGGAGCUGCGUUUCCGACCUGUUUCCCUCGGAGGCAUAAUGCACUCGACUGGUAACAGAGCCCCAGCAUUGGUGCCCAAGAAAGGAGAGUACAUGAAGAAGGACCUCCUGCGAAUGGCAAAAUUCUACGAGGUGCCAGUGCAUCUCAUAAAGGAUUUCAUGGGGACUGUUCUUGAGAAGGGCAGUCUGAAUGCCAUGCGCUUUGUCACAGCUGUGGAUAUGGCAGAGCCGCAGUUUUUGGAGCCCGUGUCUAGACAACUUUGGAUGCGCAUUUGGUCCCGCGAUGAAGACAUAACCCAGCCAGAGAGCAUUUUGGCAGCUGCGGAAAGAGCAGGCUUAUCCUCGGACCAAGCCCGGAAACUUUUGGAAAUGAGCUCCUCACCAGAGGUGAAGAAUCGCCUGAAAGCUACAACAGAGGAAGCACUAAAAUAUGGGGCAUUUGGGCUGCCAUGUUUUGUCGCUCACAUUAAUGAAGAGCCUCACCUUUUCUUCGGUUCGGAUCGUUUAGAGCUGCUGGCAAAUCUCUUGGGAGAGAAAUGGUUGGGACCAGUUCCCACAUCUUCUAAGCUUUAGCUCUUAAGAGUUAUGGAGGAACAAUGGAACUUCUAAGCAACAAAGGUUUGGGAGCAUCUGCUUCUACAAGAUGAACACAGGAGGGCUGACGGGCAGAAGGCGACCCUAUAAACACGGUUUGUGAUACUAGAGAAGGCAACACAGCGAUGAUAUCAACAUGCAAUGCACCUCAUGCACACUGUAUGUAUGUCUAAUGUACAUUUGACCCGUGUGAGUUGCUUGCAUACCAGAGAUGUAGAUAUGCAUUAACAGACAAGCUUCACUUUUCGUUGCUGCUUCUGGCAAUAUAGUUAGUCAGUUGCAGAAAUUGAUACAGAUGGUGCGAGUCAAUGAGGUGCGUAUUGCUCUUCAUGAGAGACUGCUCUUUGUUGGGGAUAUGUAAUAGCAUAAUAAAAGGGGCCUGGAGGUGUA